AAAAAAAAUAUAAAAAUAAAAGUUCAUUGUUUGUGCUGCUGGCAGAAUAACGUUACUAGUCCCAAAACGUCGGUGUUUGUUUUUUUAGUAGCCCGUAUUCACGAUUUGUGGAAGAAAAAAAACGACUCACCAUCGAGUCUUUCCACGAAGAAAUAGGAACUCUCUGCCUGUAGAUGAACAACCACGGGAAUAAGAGGGCACCGACCACAGCCACCCAGAGACUAAAGCAGGACUACCUCAGGAUAAAGAAAGACCCUGUGCCUUACAUCUGUGCUGAACCCCUACCAUCCAACAUCCUCGAAUGGCACUAUGUUGUUCGAGGUCCUGAGAAAACCCCAUACGAAGGGGGAUAUUAUCAUGGCAAACUAAUAUUCCCUCGGGACUUCCCCUUUAAACCACCCAGCAUCUACAUGAUCACACCUAACGGGAGAUUUAAGUGUAACACACGGUUAUGUCUGUCCAUCACUGAUUUCCACCCGGACACGUGGAACCCAGCCUGGUCCGUCUCCACCAUCCUGACUGGUCUGCUCAGCUUCAUGGUGGAGAAAGGCCCUACUCUGGGCAGCAUCGAGACCUCUGACUACACUAAACGACAGCUGUCAGCCCAGAGCUUGGCUUUCAACCUAAAGGAGAAGGUUUUCUGUGAAUUGUUUCCUGAUGCCGUUGAUGAGAUAAAGCAGAAACAGAAGGCCCAGGAGGAAUUGAGUGCCCGUCCCCUCCCCCUCCCCGACGUGGUUCCUGAUGGCGACCCUCAACACGGCAACUACGGAAUCCCCGCCCUCAACGGAGGCCACGGCCCUCUGGGCCCCGCUAACCCCGCCCCCGGCCUCCAGCAGGCCAAUCGGAACCACGGACUGCUGGGCGGCGCCUUGGCCAACCUGUUUGUGAUUGUAGGGUUCGCGGCGUUUGCCUACACAGUGAAGUACGUGCUGCGGAGCAUCGCCCAGGAGUGAGAGAGGAGAGAUGAAGGAGAGCAGAGGGUCAGCUACAGGACUAUUGUAUGAUUUAAACACAUUAUUGAUAGAAAUUCUGAGCCACCCCCCUGAAGGAGGGAUGGAGAAGCAGGUGGGGGGGUUUGGGGUGGGGGGGGACUGGGACAGGGUUGUUUGGGAUCACGGUUGUUGAUCCACUCUGUGCUUUCGGUGGUUAUGACCUAAUACCAGGUAGAAGAAGUGCUUGGCUCAUGGGUUGACCGCUGGCUCAGAACAUUUUCAAGUAAUUGUUCUUCUCUGCCUAUUUACUCUGAAGCCACUGUAUUGUUAGUGUUCUGUGUGCUAGAUACAUUUUCAAUCUAUUGUGCCGCCAUAUUGGUGGGUCCCUGGGAAAAAAAAGGAAAAAAAGAAGAAAAAAAAUCAUGUGGAUUUUGGAACCAUGUUUUCAUUCUGCCUCUUCCUGCUCCACAAAGUAUGUCUUAAGUGGGGAUAGCUAGCCCUCUGUUGCCCGGGAAACAAGGUUCAGACUCACUUGGGUAAGUGUUGCCCUUCUGUCCUGUGUCACCUUAGACAGGUAAGACAGUCUCUUCUCCCCCCCCCUCUCCCAGGUGUCCUGAGAAACACACAGGAAGGAGUCUGUGUAAUAUAAUGUCAAUGAAACCCUGGCUUUUAAGUAAGCUCAUCACAACAAGAGAACCUGUUUUAUUCAAACCCCCCCCCCAGGUUUUCGGGACUGAGUCCUAAAUCAGUUGUCACUGUGUGUUUAGCAAAUACAACAAGGUAGAUCUCUGAGUGUGUGUGUGUGUGUGUGUCCCCCAAAUGGCCCCCUUUUCCCUUUUCUAGUGCACUACUUUUGACCAGGACCUACAGGGCUCUGGUCUAAAGUACCGCACUAUAUAGGGGAUAGGGUGCCAUUUGGGACACCAGCUCAGUCAGUCUGUCUGCUGUGGCUUUUUCCCCAAAAUGGCUGACCCCCCCGGGUGUCUUCUUCAGAAUGCAUCCAUAAUACCAUUGUCACGCUUCAUUCACCAUCUUGUCUGGUUGAAACCAAAUACACGACUCUUAGGUUUGGCCCGUUUUUAAUCACUGACAAUGCUGUCGUUUUUCAUGGGGUUAGUUUGGAAAAGGUUGGGGGUUGUAGGAUAAUGAGGAAGUUGUUUGAAAUUCCGUAAGUCAUUGGUCGUGGGAUAUGUGUCACAUAAGAAUGGAAGACGCAGGGGACUGAACCGAUUAGCUGGCCUUAGAGCAUGUUGUCUGUCUGUCUUUACAAUGCUACUGACCCACUCAAACAUUUUGAAAAGAGAAGUAUGGACAUGGUGGAUAGGUUAACUAUAGUAGUGGAAUAAAAUUAGGUUAUAUAGUAACCUAUUUAAAUAGUUAUCUCAAGGAAGUUGAUUCUGCCUAAUAUACAUUUUAAUUCUACUGAAACAAAAUAUGCACUCGACAUGUAAAAGGUUGGUUUCAUAAAAGAUGCCAGACCGGUUCCAUAUGUACAAGUGUUUCUCAAAAAUGUUGGGCACAAAUGUGUUUACAUCCGUGUUAGUUAGCAUUUCUUCUUUUGCCAAGUGGCAUAUCAAGAAGCUGAUUAAACAGCAUGAUCAUUCCACAGGUUCACCUUGUGCUGGGGUCAAUAGAAGGCCACUCUCUAAAAUGUGCAGUUUUGUCACACAAAGCAAUGCCACAGAUGUCUGAAGUUUUAAGGGAGCGUGCAAUUGGCAUGCUGACUACAGGAAUCUCCACCAGAGUUCCUGCCAGAGAAUUGAAUGUUCAAUUCUCUACCAUAAGCCGCCUCAAUGUCGUUUUUUUUGGGGGGGGGCUGUACGUCCAACUGGCCUCACAACCACAGACCGUGUGUAACAACGCCAGCCCGGGAUCUCCACAUCGUCUGAGACCAGCCACCCGGAUCGCUGGUGAAACUGAGUAUUUCUGUCUGUAAUAAAGCUCUUUUGUGGGGAAAAACUCAUUCUGAUUGGUUGGGCCUGGCUCCCCAGUGGGGUGGACCUAUGCCCACCCAUGGCUGUGCCCCUACCAAGUUAAGUGAAAUCCAUAGAUUAGGGCCUAAUGAAUUUAUUUCAAUUUGACUGAUUUCCUUAUAUGAACUGUAACUUUGAAAUUGUUGCAUGUUGUUUUUUUUCUUCUUCAGUAUAGCUAAAUUCCCCAUUUUAAAAUACCAUGUCAACCUACCUGUGUGUUUGGUAAAGCUGAUAUCUGUUUAUGUUUGGGUGAGUUUCAAUGCGUGCUGUGGGUCAUUGCAUUGGUCAUUAGGCUUGUCUUUAAACCGUGACAUCAAAAAGACAGACUGCGUCUGACUAGAGCACGAAAUAGGAAAUGGGGUAGGAGAUAUGAGUUGACUCGUCUCUCGGCUGGUGUUUUGUUGUCAGUCAACCCAACCCGUGAGCCAAGGCAGUUAAGUCCAGCACCUGUCAAUCUCCCUAGUUGCGCUGAGACGGGGAUCUCCAAGGUGCUUGGCUGACCAUUUUUUUUAACAACACAUCGCUCUAUAUAGACCCCAAUGAGGAGAUAACAGUCUGUAUAGGCCCCAAUGAGACAACAGUCUGUAUAGGCCCCAAUGAGGAGACAACAGCACAUGGAGAAGUAAACCUUUGUGUUUAAUAUGGAUAUUUUAUUUUAUAUAAUAGUAGCCAUGGUGUGGCAGUCUGUUAGAUCGGGAACCAGCUUUCUUGUCCCUAGCAGUGUACAAAAUGGCACCUUAUUCCAUAUCUUGUUCGCUACUUUUGACCAGAGCCUUUGCAAAGGUUUAAGGAAUAGGGUGUAAUUUGGGACAUAUCCCGUCUUGCCAAACAGGACAGGGUUGAGAGAAGAGCUGGUUAAUGUGAAAACACACCAGCACCUCCCUGGCUAGUAGAAUUACUCAUUUACAUUGCAUUUAGUGCAGAUUGUUCUACAGUGUAGCCUACUUUUGACUUCAGAAAGCAGAAGAAAAGAAAUCUGUUCAGAUAAUAGCAGAAGACUUGACAAAGCUCUUUUUGUGUCUUGUUCUGGCCCUUUUUUAAUGAGUUAAUUUGAGAUGCACAGCAAAGCACACAAAUUCCACACGCUUCAUAAUUAUCUCCUUUUGAAAUUGUAUGUUUUCAUAGUUGAUGCAAAUAAAUGUACCCCGCCAUUUUAGAGAA